UUUAGGUGUUCACCGAUGGGUGGUCUUUGCAGAGGAAUCAAAUUGUGUAUUAAAUUUUUUCGUAUCAAUCGAUACCGAAAGAAGUAUGAAAAGGCUAAGAGAUUGGGUGCAUCCACGAGCCCAAUCACACUUGAAAAAAAGAAACUGUCUAGUACGAGGAAGAAAAAGUUCAUGCUCGAUGUUUUAACUUGCUUCAUUUGGCGGAAAAAAUCUUAUGAAGAAACAGUUAAAUCAGUGAAAUCCAUAUUGACCCAUCAAGAAACAUAUCGAUUAGCCUUUUUCAUUUACGGUCUAAUAUUUGCUUGGAUUUUGUUUGCCAUUUCCUAUUAUGUUGGAUCGGAUGACAGGUCGUUUCUGGCCAUUAAAAGUGUCGCUCUUGUUGCUGCAGUGUCCUUUUCCAUGGCCUAUUCACGUAAAUUACGGUGCAUUACCAGUCUAUUGACUCCAACAGUUUUAACCUCCAAAGGACGUUAUUUAAUCUUUGUUGUAAUUGCAAAUUUAAUAAUUUACGGUCCAAUAACUAAUAUGCGUUUUAAUUUGUCGGAAAAUGGGCGAAUCGUUAAAUGUGUCAGUGAAGUUAUAAUUGAUCAGGCUACGCAGUUGAUUACAAAAAAUCCAAUUGUACUUUUUUUAAAAGAUAUGCUUGAUCGCGCCAAUGCACUAUUUGAAGCUUCCAAUGAACAAUUGAAGGUUGUAUUGAAUGUGUUGGCUUCACUUUAUCGUUCACUUGUUUUUAUAUUUCAACAUGUUGUAGAGUUUGCCAAAAAGGUGGGCGAUAAUGCCAUACGAAUAAUAGCAAGUAUUAGAGGUUGGUGUUCAACAAAGAUCAUCAAUACUCAAAGAAAGUGCAUUGCAGAUUUUAGUCCCAUCAUGGGCCACAUCCUUUGCAGUGGUUAUUAUUUUAUGCGUCUGCUGUGUUGGGUUGGUGAAGCGAUAUUCUACGUACCGUCAUUGAAUAUUGAUUGGAUGAAGAAAUUCCUCGUAAUCAUGUAUGAAAUUGCAGAAAAGCGCUUGAAAGAAGCAUGGAACAAUUUUGCCUCCGGCUUAGAAGAUUAUUUCGUGUUGAACAUGACCAUGGCUCAUGAAAAGAAAAUACAUGAAUAUGAAAAGACCAAUUAUUCAGAAGCUUUGGAAAAUUUACACGGAAAGAUUGAUGAUCAAAUGGGCCUGUUUGUCAAAUUUUGUAAAAUCUUAUCCUAUUUCAGUUAUCUGCUGUUUUUGUAUUGCGUUAUCCGAGCUUGGUUAUAUUUGCAGAGAUUUCUUCUCUGGGAUUCUUUUGACAAUGUUUACAUCACCAAGCAGAUUCAUAAAAUUGACUGGGAACGCUCAUUGGCUGGUAAACCAACCAUACUUCCAUUGGGUUACAUUUUUCGUCGCAAAUACAUCACUCCUUUUUCAAUCCGAAUGACAUCCGAUGAGUUGAGAAAAUUGCAAACCAAUAUAGUCAUCUAUUUUAUACAUCUUGCUUGUAUCGGUAUUUUCCUGGCCCUUGAACACAUUAUUUACGCUCCUUUGGAUAUGACAAGAAAAUAUAUGAAUGACUUUGAUUCUGAGAUUCCUUUGCCAACGAUAAAAGUUUUCACUAAACCAGAGAGCGGAGUAUUGGCAGACAUUAUUAAAUGGAUGGGUGAUUAUUCCGCAAGUAUUGAAAAUGUUACCAGUUUUUCUGAAUCAAUUGCCAAAUGUAAACCAGAUCCAAUUGCACCUGACUAUGAUUUAUAUCAAAACAUUGGAUUUCUCACUUUAAUUGUAUUCAUUGCCAUCUUGUGUGAAUCCUAUGCAUUAAGGUUUCGUUUCAUGAUAGCUGGUUCAAUGUAUCCGUCUAGGAAAUUUGCUCGAGCAACUUGGCUUUACAAUAGGAUUCUUUCAUCGGCUCCAUUGGCCAAACUAGACGCUAAAGGUAAAAUGCGAGCCAAAGUCUUAGGUACUUCAGCCACAGGUUCACCAUCUCAAAUUAAACGGAUCAUGUAUUUAAAUCCUUGUACAACCAAAAUUUAUAACCUGUUUGCGGGUAAACAAAGGUAUUGUAUUGUGUGUGGAGAAAGUGGACCUUUAAGUGACACGGUCAACUUUAUCAAUUGCAUAAAUAUGGCUUGCAAGGCUAGCUAUUGUAAACCUUGUUACUCUGAAUUUGAUAAAGCUUGUCCUCUCUGUGAAUCAGUCAAAUUAGAUCCAAAGGUUGCAAUAAUUGAUGAAGAGAAAGGAUCAAGUGAAGAUGAUGAAAUUUUUAAAUUCAUUUAUGAUGAUGAUUGGAACUUUCGUGGUCAAGAUACUGAAUCUGAGCCAGAAAUGGAUUUGAAAAAACUUGAACUGCGUCCACCAAAAGAUUUUUCAAAGUAUUUAAAGCCAAGGAACAUUGAAGAUGGACCAGUAGACUCAGAUGCGUCAACAGCAUCUGACAAAAAUUACCCAAAUGUUAAACAUAGACGCAGAAACUUGAAAUGAAUACCAAACAAAAUUAAAAUUGUGUACAAAUCUUGCUAGAA